UAACUAGGGUUUCGUAUAAAUUAAAAUGCUACCUAGGGUUUUCUCUUUCUUCUACCCUGUGCGCGCGCGCUGAGUGUCGAGCAUUCCUUGCCUCUACCGGCACCGGCGCUGAACAACAUGGCGUUUACCAUCCGAACCAGAAAGUUCAUGACCAACCGCCUUCUCGCUCGGAAACAAUUUGUCGUUGAUAUCCUUCACCAAGGGAUGGCAAAUGUUUCCAAGGCUGAAAUAAAGGAGAAACUUGCACUAAUGUAUAAUGUGAAGGACCCUAACACUGUAUUUGUCUUCAAGUUCCGAACUAAUUUUGGAGGUGGCAAAUCCACUGGAUAUGGUUUGAUAUAUGAUUCAGUUGAGAAUGCAAAGAAGUAUGAGCCCAAAUACCGGCUUAUCAGGAAUGGACUUGAUACUAAGGUUGAAAAGUCAAGGAAGCAAAUGAAGGAAAGAAAGAACAGAGCAAAGAAGAUUCGCGGAGUGAAGAAGACAAAGGCAUCCGAUGCUGCCAAGGCUUGAAAGAAGAAAUGAGUUUUCAGAUGUUUUAUUAUAGUAUUAAGGUUUUCUUGUUAUAUUGUUAGGGUCUUGAUGCUGUUGGUAUUUUCUUAAGACCAUUUUUGUCUUAUAUCUUCCUACUCUAAUUGAUAUUCAGUUAUAACUUGAGAUUCAGUAACUAGCAGUGUCCAAUUUUGACAGUUGUAAACAGUUAAUUGAUUUUAAUACUUAAUCGCAUUGUUGCUUGGUUUGGUUGGUAUGGA